CUGAGUCUAGAUGUAGCCGUCAGGGUGGCAGCACAUGGUGUGUGAGUCAGCAGCGUUUUCAACGAAUCUCCUCUGCUCUUUGUCUGGCUGUGAAGGGCGUUUCUGUACGAGUUUACAACAGAGGAACUGUUCCUAGCUCAGGAUUGCUAUCUGCUGCCAGAGAUCUCAAAAGGCUGGGAUGGAGGAGGAGGCCCAGUGCUUCCUGAGGAGGUUUGUGCAGGAAUUCCCUGCUGCUCUGAAGGAAGACAGACCACUGCCAGUCAGCUCUCUGAGUCGUAAAGUCUCCUUGGAGGAGCUGCAUGGAGAGAGCCUGGAGCUGGGCCAGAGGCUGCUGGCUGCUCGAGCUGCUCCUUCAGGCUUUAGUGUGCUCCUGUGCCAAGCAGCGAUCACCCAGCUUCUGAAGGAAGACCUGUCACUGUUUCAGUGUCCCCAGGAAGCUCAAGCAAGCCUGGAAGAGGAGGAAAAAGUAUUCUUACUUGAGUCAGAAGCAGUCCAACGGCUCUUCUUGAACCAGCUGAUAGAUGUAGCGCUGAGAUGGAAUCAAGAGCUCCCCAAGUACCCCUUGUCCUCUUCCCACAGCUUUCAGUGUUCUGUUCACGCCAUCAAGAACACAAGGAGGAAGAUGGAAGACAAACAUGUGGUGCUGGCUGAAUUUAACCAGCUCUUCGGGAUCCAGGACGGAGUGGACCGUGCCUACUACGCUGUGUUCGAUGGACAUGGAGGGGUGGAUGCUGCCACUUACGCUGCCACUCACCUCCAUGUUGCUCUGAGCAAACAGGAGAUGCUGAAGAGUGAUGCUGACGUGGCUUUUAAAAGGGCCUUCAAGCACACAGACGACAUGUUCAGACGUAAAGCCAAGCGGGAGCGUCUGCGGAGUGGGAGCACAGCGGUGGCUGUGCUGAUCCACGGUCAGCAGCUGACUGUGGCUUGGCUUGGAGACUCUCAGGCAAUGUUGGUUAGAAAGGGACAGGGUGUUACACUCAUGGAGCCCCACAAACCGGAGAGAGAGGAUGAGAAACAGAGAAUAGAAGAUCUUGGGGGUUGUAUUACGUUCAUGGGUUGCUGGCGUGUUAAUGGCACCUAUGCUGUCUCCAGAGCCAUCGGUGACUUUGACCAGAAGCCAUAUGUGUCCGGGGACGCAGAUUCUUCAACCAUCCAGCUGCUGGGGGAUGAGGACUAUGUGCUGCUGGCGUGUGAUGGUUUCUUUGAUGCCGUCAAACCUUCCGAGGUCCCAGAACUGGUUGUUGAUGCACUCCAGGAGACUGGUGACCCUGAAGGUAGAGAAGAUCAUCCACCAAAACAAGUUGAAGAUGGUGUGGCACACAGAGUUGCUGAGAAGUUGGUAGGUUAUGCUAAGGCUGCAGGGUCCAGUGAUAACAUCACGGUAAUGGUAGUGUUCCUGUGUCCGACCGGGCCGCUGCUGGCUGGAACUGGACAUAGGCUCCACCUGUGAGCCAUGGUCCUGUUUGACAGACUUCCUCAUCUCCUGGACUCAGAUGAUGGCCCUCACAUAAACACAACUGAGUGGGGAGGACAAAACUGCUUCCAACUUCUAGAAGUCAAAUUAUCCCCAGCCCAUAAUUGUGCCAGAAUGGCACUUGUCUAUAUAUCAUACAUGGAUAAGAAACAAUGUAAAAACCAUGUUACUUGAGCUUAUAUGGGCUUUAAACGGGAUUUACAAUGGAUCUCAAAAUAUACAUACCCCUGUGGAAAUAGCCAGUAUUGUUACAUCCCAUAAUGCAAUACCCUAAAUGACUAGAAACAAUGCCUGCCUAAGAGAUGGGGCUAUACCCUGCACGGAUAACCAGUCUGUCACAGGGCAACAUGAACAAGACCAACAACCUUUUUACACACACACACACACACACUCACACACCUACCUGAGGGCAAUUUACAGCGGCCACUUAGACUAACCUGCCUGUCUUUAGACAGUAGAUGGAAGCUGGAGUACCCAGUGGGAACACGUGUAAGCAUAGGGAGAACUACACUCAGAACGUGACAGAUCACCAUGCAACUGUCAGUAGGGAUCCAACGUCUAGGUUCUGACUCAGUUCUCAUGCAUUUGCCCUCCAUCUAAAGAAAGUUUUAGGAAUGUUAGUUUUAGGUCUUGGUUAAUGUCUGAUCCAUUAAAAGAAAUAAAAUAAUAUACUUUUUGGUAAUUAAUGGGUUAAUUGAGAAACUGUUACCAUGGUGAUAAAAAGUCGAUGUUCUCUAAGUUGCUGUAGUUAAAUAAUAAUUUUUCACUUAAAAACUGUUACUAUUUUUCCCUGCAACACAUUGAGCCCAGCUAGUUCUGUUAUUGGAUCAUGGGACUGAAAGCACGCCCUCCCCUGACUUGUUUAACAGUCCCUAACCCAAACAGAAAGUAGCCACUUGUCUGCUGAGUCUUGUGCACACUCACAUUGGCAGAGCUGAGCAGUUGAGCUCACACACAUCAUGAUGUCAUCUGGGACUUUCCAAACAAAAAGUUCCACCUGUGCAGUCUUAGCAUGGCAUAGACUGCAUGCGAGUGCACAUGAUUUCUCAUAAAGGAUGGUCAUGCAUGAUCAUUUCAUUCAGUAAUGCCAAUAAUUCAUGGUUGGCCUUGUUUGGACCUUUGAUCCAUUUAUUAGAGGAACAUUUUAAAGCUGAAACUCCGCCUGGUUAGAGAUUGUAGUGUGAAAGUAAAGCCUUUCCCCCUGUGACAGAUUUCAACAUAUCAUUUUAACCUGUAUGUAUUCAACUAACCUUAUCAGAUUUAAUAUAUUGAUUUAUUUUGAGCUGUAUAAGUUACAUUUCAGAGUGUUCUCUUAGCACAGUUUAGUCAUAUCUGUGACAGUGAGGCUGUUACCAUUUUAAUCUGAAUGUGUUUCAGGCUUCAUCUUCUUAACAAUCUGUUCUGUUGAUGCCAUCAGUAUUAAAUGCUUGUUCUGGAUGGAACUGUGUUUUAAAGCUAAAGGACCCAAAGAUCCUGGUUUUAAUGUUCCUCAUGGAAACGUCUAGUCUGUAGCCCCUUUCAGAUCAUAGUUCUGUAAUAAUUACUGUAAUGGAACCUUUUGUUCUGUGCUAACGUCUCAUGACUGUGUUAAACAUAUGAUUUAUCUUAUGUCAUGUCUUUAUGCUUAUGGACUCAGUGUGGAAUAGAUUUCUCUGCUUUGCCAGUCUGCAGAAAUCAGCCAGCACUGAUUUCUGCAGCUGCAAGAAAUGGAUAAACAGAAGUCAGUUCUCAGUCUGUCCUGUGAACAGUUUUGCGCUUCUCCUGUCCUUUGGUAUAAAGUACAUGUACUUACUCUGUAGGUCAGAGGUUACACUCUGAUGCAGAAGCUCUGUGUUACAGUAUUUGGUCUCAUCUUGUAAGAUACUUUAAAAAACCUGGCUGAGUGAGUCUUAGCUUAACAGUGAUUGGAUAAUUUUAUCGCUUCAUCACUUUACACCCCCCCCUCCCCCCCACCCCCAGUCAUGCCUUCACCAUUACCGCCCUGUGCUCUGUGUCCUCCUUAAGUGGAUCAGUAUGUCCCCCCAAAUCUCCAACCUCCAGUUCCACAAUAAAAGCUUUCAGCUAAUCAAUGCAGCCAGAACUCAUAGAUCACAGCUUGAAAGUAAAUCCUUAAAGGCGCUACUGGAACCUUUAUAACUGUCUUGUAAAAGAUAGCAGGCUAAUAAAAGCUGACACCAAACUGUGCUGAGACAAAGUAUUAAAUGCCUUUUUUCAUCUCUUAAGAAAAUGUUGAUGUUAAACUUGUUGGCUGGUGUACUAAGUCCAACUCUGUCAGUGUUAUUUACUCAUGUUUGAUGAUUCUUUUGAAAAAAGUUUAUGUUUUUAGAAAUGGUUACUAACCACGUCUCAUUGGAUAUGAUGUCACAAUGUUACCUCUGAAUAUUCACUGAUGGAACCAUACUCUCUUACACGGUGUAUUAAUGACAGCGUUGGUUUUGCAGUUUUGUAUUUACUAAUGACUAAAUAAAAAACAUAAUGGUAAUCAUUAA